GGCCAGAAGCAGGCGUAACCCCCUUCUCUCAUCCAAGCAACUGCGCUCAUCUCUCUCAUCAGCGCACGACGACGUCAGAGGAGCGACGCCAUGACUGAAGCCCGGACCAAUAGGCGGAGGCCAGCAGUGCCCGUGUGCCAACUGGAAACCACGUAAAGGGGGGAGGCGCAGCUUGACUAGUGACGUCACCAACCACUCAUCGAGCGCCAUCUAUCGAGCAGGAUUACCAAUGUCUAGUGGCGGACCCAUUGUGAGGACGGCGUACUCGUCCAACGGCGGCGCCGCUUCUGCGGCUAGGAAAGGCGUGCGCAGUGCCGGCGCCGUCAGGACUGGCCAUGGCGUCUCCGGCGGUGGGGGCUACCCCCCCUGGCGGAGGGUCAGCGGCGACUUCUGCCUCGACCUCACCAGGGAGGACAGGCACGUCGCAGAAACGGUGAAGCCCCGCUGCAAUAGUGCGACGGCCGCGCACCGGGCCCGGGACGUAGACGAGUUCUACCUGCGGGUCACCAAGCGCCAGGAGGAGCACCUCAUCCCCCUCAAGGAAGACCUCGCAGACUGGCUCAACAAGUCGCUCGACGUUGAAGACAUCACGGCAGAGAACUUCCUGGACAAACUGGACAAUGGCGUAGUCGUCUGUCGGCUAGCCAAGCUGAUCCAGGCCAAGGCGGAACAUUGUUGCCAACUGAGCGGCUCCUCCAAGGUGGUACCCAGCUUCGAGUUCAAGUGCUGGGAGAAUGCGAAGUCCGGCACCUUCUUCGCGCGAGACAACGUCGACAACUUCCUGCGAUGGUGCCGCAAGUUCGGCGUCAACGAGUCCGUCAUGUUCGAGUCGGACGGACUGGUGCUUCACAACCAGCCGCGGUCCGUGGUGCUGUGCCUGCUGGAGCUCGGCCGAAUCGCGUCGCGGUUCGGCGUCGAGCCUCCCGGCCUGGUCCAACUGGAGAAGGAGAUCGAGGAACAGGAGCAGCAGCUGCUGCAGCAGGAGGAAGACGCGCCGGAAGAAGCCCUAGGCGCCGAGGCCAUCAUCGUCGUGGGCGACGAAGAGGAGUCGUCCUCGGCCUGCUCGUCUCCGGCACUGUCCCGGGCCCACUCGUGCCUGUCGGACGACGACGUCGCCUCGAGCACCGGCGACCAGCACGGGUCUGCGACGACAAACGGCGGCACGGACAGCGCCGUGGAGACCUCCCUGGAGCCCCAGCUUCCGGGCGCCAUCGCGGACGUGGUCGACGGCGUGCCCAUCAACGGUGCUUCGCGCACUAAGAACGGCCUGGAGGAGGACGACGACGACGACGGCCGGGACUCGGGCCUGCCUCACGAGGGCGGUGCCGAGGACUCCCUGGACGGCUCCUCGCUCAACGGCACCUCGUCUACGCCGAGCCCGCCCCCGCCGCAGCCUCCCGAGCCAGUCAAGGCCCCCAAGAAGCCCGAGAGCAAGAAGAAGGCCCCCUCGGACCUGGACCGGAAGGUCCGCAAGAUAGCCAGUCGUGUGUGCCAAAGCGAGACCCAAAUCAAGCGCAUCUCAGAGGGCCGGUACUGCAUCGGGGGUCGCAUCUACUUUGUCAGGCUGCUCAAGGAGAAGCACGUCAUGAUCCGUGUGGGCGGUGGCUGGGACACCCUGGAGCACUUCCUGUCCCGGCACGACACUUGCAACGUCAUCCUGCUGAACCGGCGAUCCUCCACGGCCUCGGAGGAUGGCUCACACUCGCCCUCAUCCGCAUCGCCUUGCUCUCUCCUCAGCGGCACGCCGUCGCCCCUGGGCUCAAGCCAGGGAAAUUCAAACCCCGCCGGCAUGGGCCUGUCACGGCCCAGGUACCGAAGCCCAGCGUCCAGCGUGUCGCUCAGUGCCAUCAGUUCACUGUCCAAGCAAGUGGGCUAAUCGUGAAGUUAGGACGGUGUCGCAUUUCAUUGGCCGUAAGCAAUGUGAAGUAAUGCUACAUGGGAACAGCCUUCUUCAGUGGGUUUAGGUGGAUGGGCUGCAAAGCAAACAUCCAUGCAAUCUUUAGAUGCAAUCAGAUUUGGUGAAGAGGAAAGUUUGUGGGAUUUUGGAAGGGGAACUUGUUUCGGUCAAACAAUAAGAGCGUUGUAGCACACAGGAUUCAUUGACAUGCUACAGUGGUCCGAGGAACAUGCUACUGUUUCAAUACAUCUCCAUUUGUCACAUCGUGAGAGUGGAUCAUAGAAGCGAAUUGCAAUAUGUGACACAUUUCAAUGUUAAGUGUCGAGCUCUUUCGUGACAUGCACAUCAUCAGCAGGCCUUUAUGGCUGUCAUCAAUUCAAAGCCAUGUUUUAGUUUGCUGUCAUAGAAUCUUGCCUUCAUCAGACACACAAAAAUGUCAAUCCUUAUUUAUCGUACUAUUUCUCAUUGACAAAAAAGUCAUGUGUAGUCCACUCCAAAACACAUUGGCACUUGGUUGUGUAAAUUGAAUUUCGGACAUGGUAAUCUCAAAAUACAUUAAACAUCAAAACCUACACAUUUCAUUUCACUGGAAAGGCCUUUGUCACAAUAGUUUAACCGCUGUAAGCUAUUAUUACAAUCAGAAUUCAUUGGCUAAAUAGUUGUGCUUUUAGGCAUCCUUUUGAAGUUUGGAAAUAAUCAGUUUUUCAUCAAUCAUUUAUUUGCGACCAUCAAGAACUUUAUGCCCAAAUGGGCAGUGGGAAUAGAGGACAGGGAAAUAGUUGAAAACUGACUUUGUGCAGCACAAUAGACAGAACGUCAAGGAACACAAACAAUGUGAACAGCGCCUGUCUACAUCAUUUGUGUUCCUUCAUGUCCUGUUUAUUUGAAUUGCACAAAUUCGGUUUUGAAGAACAAUGUACCAACUAACUCAUGAAUGAAUUCUUUUGGCAGGGCAAUACUACCUUUGUGAAAAAAGCUGGAAAUGUGCAUGGUACUAUGUUUAGUAUCACGAGACAUUUCGUGCAGAUGACGUUUUUAUCUUUCAACUUUUUAACUCGUUAUUCAUACACAUUGUAAUUAUCUUGAACAACUGCUCAGUGGGCCAUUAUUCUGAAGCUGUAUGCAUAAAUUCAGCUGGGAAUUUGCGAAUUUUCUGCUUUUCUGGUGGACAGUCAUUAAUGUUAGGUGACAUUUGUUAAUUUGGCCUGUCUUCUUUCAUGUGCCUUUAUUUUAAAAUUCAAUGUUCACCCAUUCUCUGUGUACAUUUAUAGUAAUGGUCUUUUGAACUCAAAGCAAUUUUGGAUGAACCAUUCUUAAACCUCCCACUAUGACAAUAUAAAAAAAUUUCUUCUAAAUUAUGGUUCGUGAAAAUUUUCACUCAUCUAGCUAAAUAAGGCCACAUUGAGUCCACUACAUCUCGACAUAUACCAUCAUCAGAUUUAUCAAUGUCACUUGGAAACAAACUGAAAGUGCCAUGGGAUAAUGCAUGGAUUCGUUUUGCUUGUUCCUAUUUCUUUCUUAUCAUUGACUGCUGAUGACCUGACCAGCUGAUGCUGGUGAUAAAAAGAGGUGCAGUGCAAAGAGCAUUAAAACAAGACGACAUUGGAAUUGAUUUGUUACAUCAUCCCAGCCUUUAAUUGUUUAAAUGUAGGUGAACUAGCAAAGGUUCAGCUCAAAGCAAGCAUUUUGACCAGGAACCUUGUUUUUGUUGGCGUAACAGCUUUAUUGCAACCUUUGCAAUCUUUAUCGCAGAUGAUGAUUGUCAAUUAUUUAAACUUCACAGUGUCACUACUCACUGCUACAUGGCUCAAUUCCUUCCUCUUGACUUCAGGUAAAAAGGUCAUUCUGCACUCGGAUUUAUUUGUUUGCACCAAUUAAACAAGCAACAUUGCCAUGCUGCUAUUAUUAGAUAAUAGCGAAAGCUCUGCAGUGUUCUACUUGUGACGCCUUAUGCCAAAACCACAACUACGAUUACGAGUAAGCACAGGGUCAAAACUAAGCUCAUCCAUGGCACUGCUAGAAAAUGCAAAGUACCGUUGAUCUGCUGAGCUUGUCCUUGGUUGGUUUUACCAGAAACUUGUGGACAAACCCAGAUCAUCCAAGGCACAUACGAGGCUAAAAGGACGUUAAAGGCAAAUAAUAAGUCAAGCUAAAGUGAUAGGUUAAUGCUCAAGAACGUCCGAGGCGUUAAUAUUAUUGAGAACUGAGCUUUAAUAAUCGAGAAAUUGAGGUUAAUGCAGGACACGAUUUGAGACUCCACCAGGACAUUUAAGCACUAGCCAGAUGAAGUAGCGACUCUUCAUUAUAAUUCUGUCACUAAUACUCAACUAUUCAUAAUAAAAAAAGUAAUUGCAUUGCCAUUAUAAGACAGAAGAAAAUGAUACUUUUCUACUUCUAUUCAAUUCUUAGAAAAACAAAUUUUUUUGACUUUACUCUUAGCCACGUGGAUGGCCAAAAGGUUUUGUUUUCGCUCGGCUAUGUGCCUCCCGCACUUUUGUGUUUCAAUAGUUUCAUUAUUGCGUAGCGCUGCACUAUUUUUGCUGGCACAUGAAACUGUGUUAAUGAUUCAGCGUGCGCUUUCCCUUCCUCUUUCGCACUGUCGGUUCGGUCCUGGCUCAGUUUCUAGCCGCGGUAUUUCUUUCUGCACAAGAAAACGUAGCACCGGCUGUUGACCGCUGUUUUACUCGCCGACAGCAGUAAAGGACAGUGAUGCAUAUGCAACGUCACGACUUCCGAAUCAGGGGCGGAUGAUUGGAAUUUUGCUAGAGAUAUGCAGACCCUUCAGACGCAAUUUUUUUAAAAAACUAAGUCUUAUAUUGGCACGAAAGAAGCUCUGCAAGGCUUCUGGAAUGGUAUUUUACAGUCCCCAAUAUUUGCCUUUAGUGUCCCUUCAAAGUAGUACGGACAUGCUUCUCUGACGUUACGCAAUUCUUUUUAACAACAUGCGGGUAAAAGGAUGACACAGAGCACGGGUGAAGUUUGCGAAACACUUAUACGAUACUUUAGUUAGGUGCUAAAUUUGCUAUCGAAAUACCAGACCUCACGUAAUUGACGUUAUAGUGACAGAGAUGAAUUUGCUUACCUCACAUAUGAAAGAGGAUGGAUAUGAUCACUUUGCUCGUUAAAAAGCAAGCAAAGUUGCUGCCCGCAUUUUUUCUUGCUUCGCUCACAUGUAGCAGCUGCAGCGAUUACAGGAACAAAGUGAGAAAGGGCAUCAUGACAUCGUAUCACAUCCAUUGCCUUGGUAGCGAAACUAGAACUAGUGUAAGGAACAAGUAUCACGGUAAAUUAUGUAGGGCUUUCUGACACUUCCCAACUUCUUUUACUACGAUUUAGAAUGUUUGGACCUUCAUUUACUGCGAAAAAACUUAGCUGUGGGAAAUGUCAUGUCCGUAUUCCUUUAAACCGCAUUAGUUAAUAACAAAAAUGUAUUUUAACACAGACGUCAAGACUGGAUGUUUCAUAAAUAUGCUUUGAUACACAUUUUUUGUUAGAGCACGGAAAAUGACUAAUUUCUUUUUUAUGCUGUCUUUAUUAAUUCUCUUCCCCCACUUUUCUCGACAAGGGUGAAUCACGCAGUCAGGGUAAGCUUCCUUGCAUUUCUUUAUUGUCAUAGAAAGACGUGUAUAUUUGAUUUUUGUUUUCAUCCCGCAUCGAGUACACAGCUAGUAUGUUACUUCUUCAUUCAGGUCGACAUGGCAUGCUCUCUAGACUGAAUGUGGCGUUUUUAUUCCUUCUCUACAAAUCUAAAAUAUAUCCAAAUACAUUCUUUGCAGCAGGAGGCUACAUUUAAGAGUGCUCUGUGGACAGAGGAAGCGAAAACCCAUACACCUCAACAUUUACCUGUAUUAACAUUUGAAAACCACUCUUUUGUGUAAGGGCACAUAUGUUAUUAUUAUUAUUGUUGUUAUUAUUAUUAUUAUUAAUGAAUACCCUGCAAAAUGUUAUCAAAUGUGAAAGUCGUCUUCCAAAAGGGAGUAGAUUGAUCAAUUGAUCACACUAAAAAUACAGAAUUAUACAAUCAGCAGCAUUGUGUCUUUACACAAUCGCCUAAAGGAAUCCACACAUUAGAAAAUAAUUAGAGAUGGGCAAAUAUCAACUUUUUCAAAUUGGAAUCGAAUGCAAAUAGUAAGUACUUAAUAUGAAAUAGUCAAUCAAGGACGCCUAUACACUUGCAGCAGGAAUAUUUAUUUCUUUAUAAUUACGCACCACCCUGCUUGAUUAGGGUGAAAAGGCAGCUAUCAGGGACAGAGGAUCUAUUUUAAGCACAAGAUCACGCUUGUGAUUUAAAGAACUACAUGAAUAGCCAGACAGCAACUUUAGAGCCUGGUUACAAGCAAGCUUUUCAAAAAAAAUGGCUGCUGUAUGCCUAGGUUUCCAAAAGUGCUAAAUAAAUGGUCAUGAGAUAAAGAUCAGAAGCUGUCUGACAAAAAAAUAAAGCUUAUAAGGGACUUGUGUGCCAUAUAAUCAUGCAAAUGAGCCCAUUUUGAGGAAAACAUUGUAGGUUGUAGCGUGAAAGAUAAAACUGCUACAUGACUGGACUGCCACGAACGCAAGUUGGCAAGCUACACGCAGAAAGCACAGGUGUUAAUGUAGACUUCUGAUGUGCAGUCAAAAAUAAAGCUUGCAUUACCCAUUUUCUUAUGGCAUUGCAUUGAAAAUGUUUGUCCUUGUCUCACUUCUGCACUUCUGGUAAUUAGUUUAGCAGAAGGAGAACAGUAACCAGAAUUGUAACACUCAGUUGGUGAAAAUUAUUUGGCUAGUUUCAAAUAUUUGGAAACACCGAAUAGUUUCUUUUUGAAUGUGGACACGAAUUGUUAGUGUAUAGUAUUCAGUUUGUACUGGAAGUUCUGUAUAUUCACCCACCCCUAAAAAUAAAUGUCACUAGGUGUCAGUAUCAGUUUAAGCCAGCAAACAAUAUGGUUAAGCUUUAGCUGUGGUUGCAUGUUGGGCAUGUUACAUCACACUAAAGGCCUUUGGCGUGGUGCACCAUGCACAGGACACGAAGCACCAUGCUUGUGCAUCUGUGUCGCUCUUUUUGUAAACUGUCGUGUGUGCUACGCCUGAGGCCUUUAGUAUUAAGCAUCGAGACACUAACUUCCAUGGCACCUGCUUAAAUGUCCAGCUCAACAAAAGGUGCCUGUUAGAAUUGGACACUUCUUUUAGUACUAGUAGGAAUUUCGCUCAGCUAGUAGGAGGAAACUUGGAGAAGCGAAACAAUCUGGAGAGUAAGUUGCUGGACUUUGUUGUUUUUGCUGAAACGAGGUGCGCAUACUGAGCCCAUCUACCAGUCUAUUAUGAAGAAGGCUGCUCCCACACUUUGCCACUGGCCUGAAAAUUGAGGAGCAAAAAACUCAGGUGCUGUUCGAAAAAACUGAGGAACUAACCAGCUGUCCAUUGUUGUGCUUGCAGUGAUUUAGAAAGCUUGAUUUGUAAAGUGCAUUUAAUUUUUUUUUUUUGUUUUAUUGCAUGGUAUGCUGUCGCUUAUAAACUGUUUACUGUGACGAGUCUCUAGCACGCCAUGACCUGUGGUUGUCGUUGGAUGCUGAAGCCACUAACCGCCCCGGACUAGCAGAUGUACCAUUAGAUUCAGAGGGUGCAAGCAGUUUUUUCACUCCGCACGGACUCGGCUGUAAUGUCUUUUUGCAGCUUUUCAGAGGUUUAGUUCUUUCAUGUCUUGCUUUUACAUUGUAAUGCCCAAAACUUUCUGUCACUAUAUUUUAAUAUGACCCUACUAUGCCUGCAUCACCUUCGAAGGGUAAGAAUCAGAAAUAGGACAAUUCAAUUUGUAAGCUUUUGAGUGUAAUGAAUUCUUCCUUCUGGUCCACAUGAUGUAUUGGCUUUGAGGUUUAAAUGGUAAAUGGAAGAAAGUGUUUUUUACUGUAAGAAAACGUUGCACCCUUUAUGGCCUAGCGUGUUUCCCAACUGUAAUCUUCAUCUAUCCGGCUUGCCUUUUCUUUCGUUAACGCUGCUCGCUAAGUACUUCCAGGUCACAAAUGGCAUGUGCAUAUCAGUGUGACAGUUAAAGGAAGGACGCUAGAUAGAUGACGAUUAUUGCUUGCGGACAAGAUAAGCCCCAAAGGGCGCAAACAUUUCUUAGUGUGUUGUUCCUCAUUGUGCUUGACUUGCUGUUCGGAUUCACCCUUAAUUAUCUUCUGUUUUUUUCACUCCCAUUGCUUUUCUUUGUUUUUGUUUCCUCACGCAACUUGUUUCUUUGUCUGUUAUCUUUCUGUUUUAGUUGUUUAACCAGACUGCAAUCGUUACUUUAUUAUUUGGGUCAACACCUUGAGUUUUUCAUUGAGCUUCAGAACAGCAAGGAACAGUCUUGUUUUGGUAAUCUUUUUUUCAUUGCACUAAGGAUAAGGUGCUGCAUGAUUCCAGCAUUUGUGAGAAUUGAGCACUGUGCUGUCUUGACAUGUCGUUUCAUGGCUGCCCACAACUACUCUUUGCGCCCGGCCAGAGAGAGCACCAGAAACUUAACUGCAUUGCAGGAGCCUUCCAUUUUAUCUGCUACUGCUGAAUCUCAGUUCACUGCCAUGAUAAUGCAUUUUUGUUGUGCCCCCAAAGGUAAACGAACAGGUUUGUUGUUUUGCACAUGUAGUACUUGUAGAAACAGAGUAAUGUCAGUUUUACUGCAGAGUUACUCCUAGAGACAUGAUAUCCAAACAAUGAAACAGCUUGUUUUAAAUUGUGCAAGCAUGUGCACCCUGUGUUUUUUUUUUUUUCGAGGGGAGAGGGGGUGUUGCACUACUGAGUGGAAUCGAAGCGCCAGCAGACUGACUUUAGCUUAAUGCACCUGUACAACCUGUUUCCAUAUGAAAUCUAUUAAGUCAAAUCUUUAAUACAAUCUUUGUAUUCUUAGUGGCUGUAUGACUUAGGCACCGAAGAAAAUAUGCAUUUCAGUAGUUGCUUGUUGUGUUGAAGAAUGAUUUAAUGUAUAUACGAAGUGUUGGUGUAGCUAUUAGAUGACUCUAUUUUGGUAUGUUUGUUGUGGAUUGUUUAAAAGCUAUCCAGUUUGAAGUGAAUGUCCUGACUUGCUCUGCAUCUUAUUAGCCAUACAUUGCUUCUUGUUGAUGUUUUGAGUUUUUUUAGUCAUUGUACAAGAGUCGUGUAAUGCAUAAACCGUUUUGUUUCGAGGAACUCUUGCAGUGAGUGUUGUUUGCUUGCAAGUUUUCUUGAAUUAGUGCUUCGAAAUUUUGAGAAGUUGCUUCAAGCAUACAUUUUUCUGCAUUGCGCUUUCUUGAGUAAUGGUUCUCUUGUCAUGAUAAAAUCAUUAUGCGGUAAUAUAUUUCAUUGCAUACGCAUAUUUCGUGCAAAGCCAUACCUUUCUUUUUUUGUGCACUUUUUUGUUUAUAACCUUCUGUUCAGUUUCUGUACCUGUAGCUGUGUACAAAGAUUCAGAUUUUUAUGCAAAUCAGUUUUGGACGAAUAAGAAAUGUGGAAUAGGCAGGGUGUAUUGCCCUAAUGUGGCAAGCGCAGACACUUGGCUAGCAUUAUGUGCUGUAAAAAAACUUUUCAUUGUGCAUUUAAAAUAUUUUUGUUGACGUUGUGUGCUAACAAUUAUCAUUCUUUUUUUUUACUUCUUAGAAAAUGACAAAUGCUCUGACAUUUAGGCCUGUUACCUUACCUCUGUUUUAAAGUCAACUGAAUGUUUAUAUUGUAUUUCUUUUUGGUUUGCAGUAAAGUCUCUGUAAAUUCUUUAUUUCCUCCUCAUUUUUGUUACUUUACAUGCAACGGAAAUGCAAGGACCCUGAGCGUUACAGUGUUUGAUACUGAGUUGAAAACCCGUAGCAAGCUUUCUCUUGAAACUCUCAUGCUUAACUACCGACCAUGCUUGCAUCAACUGUUUCAAUGAGGCUGUUUUUGCACAUCCUGCUUAAAGGGGACCUGCAGCACUAAUUAACAUGAUAAAUAUUAAAGCUGCACAGUCAUAAGGAAGUGCUGUGAAGAACAUCUGAAAGAAACGUUAUACCUGUAGAUGCUGCUUAAAGCACAAAGUUUAUUCAAGAUGCUACCUUCCCUUUCUUUCAACUUUCCAAAGCUCUUACUGCCCGUACUUUUACAAAGGAAUGAACAUGGUAGCUACUGGGUGGAUUUCUCGGAAACUUCACUACUAAGUAGUAUCUACUCCAAGAUGCUAACAAUUCUUAAAACUGGGCUCGGUGGUGAAGCUUUAUCAUUGGUGUGCUAACGUUAGACUACAAGGACAGGGGCCACGGCAUCAAGUAACAGGAUUCAGUGAGUUGAGCCUGAAAAGCUGGUGUUUGUUGAGAAAGCAAGAUGGAAUGAAAGGUGAAACGAGGGCAAAAGCAGGUAAUCAUGAUCCUGAAGUCGCAGGUGAGCACGAUUACGACUGCCACUUUUAUUGCAUCUUUUAUUUUUACUUGCAUUUCCAAUAAAUUGCUGUUGUUAGUUCGCACUUUUGUUUUUUUAAGUUCCUAUUUCUUUGUGCCCUUGUGUUCUUAUGCUAGCACAAGAAUGAUGGGAACUGCAACAAGAGCAGAGAGCUCUCAUUAAUGAUGGGCAGCUGUGCCAUCUGGUGACAGAGUGAUACUACUGCAUUGAGAUUAUGGAACCCAAGAUGGGUGGCUUGACAGAGGAUCGCAUCACAUGAUCUCGAGGUCAUGCUGAUAAAAGCUCUGUGUUAUGAUGAGCAGAGCAUGGCAGGCAUCAAUCGCUGUGAGCAGAAUGGCACAGCUCCGAGAUCAGUAGAGAUGACGAAAAGAAUGGAAUGUUGCAGGGGCCUAGCGGGCAACAGCACUUGAUGCACGAGGCAUGUUCAAGAACAUUUUUGUGGGAAUCGUUCCGUAGGAGAUGCCUUUUAACUCCACACUUAUUCCACAUCUGUAAUAGUGUUGCAGGGCCCGCAUAAGGACAAUAUAUGGCAUCAAUAAGCAUUAGCCAGGAAGCUCAACGCACACCAACCUUGCCUUUGUUAUGUUCUAUAACAUUGAUAUGUCAUCAAAACUGAAAUUUAAUAUGUAAAGUUCAUUGAAAUUAAACAUUGCAAAUGAAAAGUAAGUUUUGCAGCUUAGCACUCGGGCUACUUGUUCAGGGCAGUAACGUGUAUUUAAAUUAUGGUAGUGAAGGUUAGUUCAUAAACGAGUGUCACUGAUAAUGUUGCUGUAAAUUUUGCCUUUUAAACCAACAGCCUUAUAGUAUACUGUCAGACUGCUUAACGUCCAUGCAUGACAGGAAUCGCCAUCUGGAGAGCUGGCAAAUGGGGCAUUGUUGUGGACGCGCUACACAUUUCAGACAAAAGCAUUUACGCACAGAUGAGGCCACAUGUUGGUUGCUUUUUAUGCAUUUUGAAUCUUCUGUGCUCACAGAAAUCUUGUACUCGUAUGCUUUUACAACACUGAAGAGAUGUCCAGAGUAAGUUUAUGAAUGCAAAGAUGUAUAAUAACAGUUAUGCGUGUGUAUGUCAACAUAAAAACUUUAUGCACUGCAAAACUAAAUCGGCUUAAUGGACCACAGAUAUUCCCACAAAAGUUACAGGAGAGAUUACUAGUGCUCCAAUUGCUCAGCUAGUAUGGGAGCGCCAGGAAGUACAUGAAUUUGUCUAAUCAUCAUGCUUGUUACUUCAAACAUACACUGUAUCUUUCGAAAUUGCCAAGAAAUUAUAUUUUCCUACACGUGAAGGCAAUAACUUUGCGCGCGGAUGCAUAUUCAAUGCAAAUCGUUCAACUUGUAAUACGCAAAGCCGUUUGAAGUCAAAUAGGAAGAAGCUUAGACAAAUCCAUCUGUAAACUAUCAUUCCAACACUGGCUGAAGCACCAUGCUUGCAGUUCCUGUAAACACUAGCACUGGAGUUCCUUAUUUUUUCUAGGAAACUCUGUGUGGUGGAAACCACAAAAUGCAUACAUGCACUUUAGGUGAAAUCGGGCCUUCUUUCAGGGACUUAGUGAUAGUUGAUUCUGAACUUAUUGCACAAGCUGUCACACUGAUUUUGAGUGCAAGGCACAGGUACGUUCCGUACCAUCGCAACUACAUUCUGAUCAAGAAGGCACAUGUAGAUUGGUUUAGGUAUAUCUUAAUCCUUGGUUACGGAAAAUUAUUCUAUGGUCCUACAAAGUGACUUAUAAUUAUGCAAACCUAUGAAAACUACCCACCCAUAAUGAAGUUCAAUUCUUUUGCAAAGCAUUUUGCAGCUGGGAAGCAUACCUCUUUCAAUGCAUUGCCACUGAGCUAUCACUUCAAUGAUCAACUUAUCAACAACUUAUCAGGUCUUAGCAACAACUUAUCAGGUCUUGCUUUGAAAUUUUGGUGAAUCUUGUGCUUAAAGUGUUUGUAUUUCUUCGUAGAAUUUAAGUAAUGCUAGAUUCUUGAAACAAGUGUUGCCUGAUUAUUUUAAGCAUAUAAAGUUUUCUGUACUACAGUUUGAGUAUGUUCAUAUGAGCACAUGAUCGCUUUGUUCUUUACAAAUGAAGCUGUGAGUUGUCGAGACAAAUAGCAGAGUGUGUUGCUGAAUGUACGAUUGAAUGGCUGAAGAGCACUUUGUAAGAACUGCAGUGCUGUGUCUCUCUGCAUGUUUCUUAUUAACGGAAACAAGGUGUGAGCUGAAAAGAUGCUUCGGCAUAUCAAUGAUAGGUCUGACCCCAUAUGUCUUGAAUACAGCAGUUUCUCAAGCAAGCAUAGCAUCAAGCCAUGACACGAAAGACAUUAAAUCGGUGUUAACAAGGAUGAGUCGAAAGUUGGUGUCACUUUCUCAUUCGAAUCCUGAAUAGGAAGACAACAGAGAGAGAUGCUUUAGUAUUUUCCAAAUCUGGUAAUAGUUACGAAGCAUGUAUUUACGUAACGAAAGGAGUGCCAAAUAACUUCAACUGUGCAGUGACCAAUUUCGUAUAGAAUGUUGCCGACUUGAGGACAUCAUAGAUCUUCAGUUGCCAAACUGCCUGCUGAGAUUCUGCAUUUGAUGUAGUUUGGAACUGUCAUAGAAAUAACUGUUUGUACUCAGAAUUCCAAAGGAUCGAUAAUGGUUGUCAUGAAAGGGCUAUCAGUGACACCCUUUGCACAGCACUUGAAAACUGUGUUAUGUCAACUGAUCCAGUUGUUCAAGUGCAUUUUGCAACCAUACCUUAAAACAUCAUUGCACACACAUUGCUGUCUUUUUUAAAUCAGUUUGAGCACCCAUGGAAAGAAUGAAAACACAAUACUUUGUUUUGCAAUAAUGGGGCAAUGGACAGAAGGCAUCAGCAAAACAGAAAUGCAGUUAUGUGAAUGCACAUUUUUGCACCACGUGAACGUCCACAUCAAAGCGUGAUCUACUCAGUCUUAAGCGCGGCAUCAAUCACCAAAGCGCGCCUUGCCAUAAUAUUGUGGAAUGGAGUCAUACUUUAACUCUGGAACAUGCGACUCAUUUGUGAAUCAAUUAGAUUUUUUCAGUUAUAGCAUUCUAUUUAACAAAUGAUAAUUGUUUCUUUUUAAUGUAUCGGCAAUUUUCCCUCUCGCUGAACAUUAGAGCCAACUGAUUCUUACAUUAGCCUGUCCUUGCCACUCCUGAAGGGACACAAAAGAGCAACAUAAUUUUUUUUAAAAAAGACUGAUGAUAUAUUUAAUGAAGACUGUAUUUACAUUUAUUUGGCAUAAGUGGUUCAUUGCUACCUCAGAAAACAAGCCAAAUUUUUUUCUUCAAAUGCAGUACUAAUACAUCCCCAUUAUGUUUAGAAUUGUUUCAAACUACUUUUCCCUUAUCUGCCGUUGUUGUGUAAAAAACAUUUUUGAAAUUUUCUAGAUGCCAGUACCACGUUUCUUUCAUUAUCAUAUUUUUUCUGACUUACGAAGCGUCUGUUCAUAGUGCGGCUGACACUUCUGUUUUUCUAAUAAUAUAGUUUACCAAUCCACCUUAACAUUUUUCUUUAGUGUUCAGUGAACUUGUAUGUGCAACCUCCAAGAGAUGGCAUGCAUUGUAGUGGACACCUAUUGUUAUAAACCAGAUCCCUGAAGCUUGAAAUUAAUCUUAUUUUUAAGAAAAAAUAAAACACCUUGGGUUUUGUAAAGCAUCAUGGUACAGCAUUUUAUUAUGCUUUCAUUUGGAAGUCAACUUACAACAUGGCUUUCUGAUAAUUAUACUGUUGCACCCAUUGCUGAAGUCCUUCCACUUGAGAACUUGCAGUGCCAAAUUAAUCAGCUCUGCAUUUUCUCAAAACUAUAGCUGACAAGUAUGUAGUGUACCUCUAAACUUCGAUUGUGUGAAAUGUGUUAUUUUCAGUAUGGCCGAGUGAACUCCCUAUCUGCUGGCUGUGGGCACCAAAGUUUCAGUGCGGUAUGUUGGAGUUCGCCAGUGUUCUAAUUUUCAUGCUCUGCUUCUUGCGUGGCUGAUGGAAUGCAGAUUACUGCUUUGUGAUCGGUGCUUCUCUUCAGUUCGUAUGUGAAUUCAGACCUCUACUGUAUGCUGCUUGCUGCUACAUUACAGAAUUUGUAAGAGUUGUGUCAAUGCAGACCACAUGAUUUGCUGCAGUUCAUGAAGAGGUUCAAUGCACAGUGCAGAUUAAGGAAGUUACGCUUGCUUCUUGUGUGUAAGAGCAAUUGUUUUGUCUAUAAGAGUGUGUGUUGUUUGUUUCUCAGAUUUUAAAUAAAUGGAAGCUAUAAUGCA